UGGACUAUAAUGCAUACUUGCUCUCUUGUAGAAAUGUGAGGCUGAUAGUUACAGAAGUCGUGAGGAGUUUCUUGUUGAUCUUAAUCAAAUAGUUGAUAACAGUAUCACAUAUAAUGGACCAACCAGUCCCUUUACUGUCACUGCCCAGAGUAUGAGGGAAGUGGGACUACAAUAUCUUGAAGAGGAAAGAGAACAUUUUGAACAAUAUGAAAGCCAGUUAGGACCUUUUGACAAGUCACCACUAAAUGAACCAGAAGGACUAGGAGGAGAGAGUGGAGAUGAGGAGGCAGAGGAAGAAGAUACUAGUACUAACAUGAAUAUUACUGGACAAUCCAGUGUCAUCAUUACUAGUGAAGACAGUAUUCAGAUUGGGACUAUAGAUGUUGAAGGCACAGAUGAAGAGGAUAUAGAGAAAGGGAGGAAAGGAGAAGGAUUGAUAGCCAGUAGUUUGUUACCAGUCACUGGUGGUGGUAUGGACAUAUUGAGUCAUGAUUUACAAUAUUCAUCAUCAUCAAGCAGUGAAGGAGAGGGGGAAGAGGAGGAUAUUACUGAUAUGGAAGAAGUGUAACUUUGUUUAUGUGUAGAUUAUCAUGAAACAUUCAUUUUUAACUUAAUGCACAAAA